AUGCUGGCUACAGCAUUUGCCGUGUCGACUUCUGCCUCGGCGACCACGACUGUAAACAGUGGGAAGCUGGUCGCACUCAAUGGCAUGGACUAUUAUGUGGGAGGUGUCUCAGUGUCCAAACUGGCUUCGUCAACACAUUUGAAUUGGAAUUGGACCGACUCAGACAUUGUGCCGAUGACCGUGAUACGGACUAAAGAAAAAGACUUUACAUCGGAUGAUUACGAGGAUACCAUCGCCAACUUUACGGCCUCCGACGACGUCUUUAAUUCUAAUUUUCUGGAAGUGAUUUUUGUCGACUACGACGGACAGGGUGAGGGUAACAUUGAUUCGACUGGUGGCUGGCGCUUUGAGAAUGCGACGACUAGACUCGCAAUUGCAUCAACGAAAUAUAGCUCACAUAGAUCUAUGGUCCUUGCUCAUUUGCAGAAGCCACUCCCACAAGGGCCAUACUUUAUCUCGCCUCGGACCGGCGAUGUGUUCAAGGCCUUUCGUCUCUAUUCUGAUCACCAACUGGCCUUUACCGAGGCAGCCGUUAGUGACGAGAAUGGAGGUUUUAUGCCUCUUCCAGCAGUUACAGAGGGUGCUAUGACAAAGAGUGUUGCCGUGCCAUCCCGACUAUACUAUACGCGAACAUCCGAUAAGCCGCUAUCAGGGCUACGAUGUGGCGUGAAAGAUAUUUUCCAUCUAAAGGGUUUGCGAACCAGCGGCGGAAAUCGCGCAUAUCACGAUCUUUAUCCCGCGAGAAAUACCACUGGAACGGCUCUUCAGCGACUCAUCGAUGCCGGUGUCGUGAUAGUCGGCAAAAUGGGAACGGUACAAUUCGCCAAUGGCGAUAACCCAACCGCUGACUGGGUUGACUUCCAUUGCCCAUUCAACCCGAGAGGAGAUGGUUAUCAAGCUCCCGGCGGCUCUUCUUCCGGUCCUGGCGCAGGUAUCGCCUCGUACGACUGGCUGGAUAUCGCGGUGGGCAGUGACACUGGUGGCUCGAUGAGGAGUCCAGGUGGUAUGCAGGGCGUCUUCGCCAACCGUCCUUCGACUGGUGCAGUGGACCUAGAUCAGGUUCUCCCACUAUGUCCUGAUUUGGACACGGCAGGUAUUUUUGCGCGUGAUGCGAAAACAUGGUCGUCGACGCUACAUGCAUGGUAUCCCAACUUCACGGAUUAUAAACAGUAUCCAAAACGGAUAUUCUAUCAGAAUUCUUCAUUCCCAAGUGUGAGCAGUGAAGCUGGAAAGCUGCUUGAGAUCUUUGUUUCUAAAGUCGAGAAGUAUCUGAGCACCCGGAGAGAGUAUGUGGACAUUGCUCAGCACUGGGAGGAAACGCAUCCUGCAACUGCACCAAGUAAUGUGACAGAUUUGCUGAACACGACAUAUGCGAUUCUCACUUCUGUGGCACAGUAUCGCUCCCUGGCUUUGCCAUUUUAUGCCGACUACGCUUCAAAGAAUGGUGGGCGUCGUCCCUUCGUCAAUCCCGGACCCUUGGCGCGCUGGUCAUGGGGCCAAGAGAACGGGGGUGAUUCAGUAUACGACAUCGCCCUAAGGAAUAAAACAAUCUUUAGGGACUGGUGGAAGUCCGAGGGAUAUGGAAAGGCAAACGAAGAUACCUGCUCCGAGGGCAUCUACCUCUAUCCUUAUACAAAAGGCGAGAGACAAUACCGGAAUGUCUAUUUAGAUGCACCAACGGCACCUCCAAUGGGAUUCAUGGAUGGACGCAUCUCGAACAUGGCGGAUGUACCGGAUUUUGUGGUUCCCGUUGGAGAGAUAUCGUACAAUUCAACCGUCUCUCUCAUGACAGAAUAUAUGCCGGUGACAAUGAGUUUCGUCGCGGCCCGUGGAUGCGACUUUAUGUUGGCGAGCCUAAUUCAAGACUUGGAAGUUGCAGGGAUUGUCAAGCCGGUCAGCACUGGAUCGAAAAUGUAUCCAAGACACUGA